UCCACCUCCACCUCCACCUCCACCUCCACCAUCGUAGCCAACCAGCCCACUUUUCCUUGACUUGACCCACGCGGCGUCAGCUCCUCUGCUCCGCGAAGCCGGAGCGCUUUUUUAAAGGUUGCAAACCAAGCGCCGAGGGGAGCUGCGGCUGCGGGUGAGGAGGAGCAUCAGAAAGGAAGAAGGACAAGAAGAAGAAGAAGAGGAGGAGCCAUGCUGGACCAUCUCGUCGGGCUGGUGAAGGUGCGCGUGGUGAGGGGGGUGAACCUCGCCAUCCGCGACCUCCGAUCCAGCGACCCCUACGCCGUCGUCCGCAUCGGCAAGCAGAAGCUGAGGACGAGGGUGAUAAAAAAGAAUACCAAUCCGGAAUGGAACGAGGAACUCACCCUCUCCAUUGAAGACCCUGCACAUCCUGUCAAACUGGAAGUGUUUGACAAGGACACAUUCGUCGAUGAUUCGAUGGGCAACGCGGAGCUGGACAUCCGCCCGUUGGUUGAGGUCGUGAAGAUGAAGCUCCAGGAUGUUGCCGACGGAACCGUGGUAAAGAAACUGGUGCCCAACAGGCAGAACUGCCUUGCCGAGGAGAGCUCGAUUUACAUCUCCGAGGGGAAGGUGAAGCAGGACCUGGUUAUCAGGCUGAAGAACGUGGAGUGCGGGGAGAUAGAGCUCCAGCUUCAGUGGGUCGACCUCCCUGGCUCCAAGGGUGUAUGAGCUCAGCGCUGCCAUGCUGUUGUCUGUCAGGAUUCUCAGGGUUUCUUGAGUAAAAGUAAAAUUCAAGUGAGGGAUGUAAGCUAAGGAUGAUUAUGGUACAGCAAGUGCUGAUUAGGAUUUUAAUGUUGCUCCAUGAUUGUACAUAAGGGGUUGUUUGGACCUCGUGUUUUGUGAGAACCAGAUUUCAUAAAA